UUAUUUCGGAUCAGCGUCUCUUGUCCUUUCGGUGUUUUACAUUGCCAACCACUCUGUCGCUCAAAUGGGUUUCCAUAAAGGUACGCUGAGCCUAUGAAAAGCCUCUGGCCACUCCCCUUUUAUGAGUACCUUCAUUACUCGGGUAGCGUCUGGGAACGAGCAGGGAUUCUUCAGCACAUUGUGCUGCUUUUUACCAAAAGAUGCUUCCGUCUUUCAUUUAUUGACGAUUUGUGUACAUGGUGGAGGCUUGGUCGAGCCGACAGUGCCACAGUGGCAUCAGCGGUCCGUGCCUCCUCCUCGUCACAGACGUUCUGACUGAACAGACGGUUGGCCGCAAUGAGGAGAAUAACGGGAAAGGCCAAGGAUGAAACUUUGAUAGAGCUGCAGAGCGCUGGAGACGCUCACACUGGAGCUUACCUGAGGCACUUUUUCAAAUGGUCCUGCCGUGCUGACUGCAUUUAGGAUGAACCUGCACACAGAUGAAAAUGGUGGAAAUGAUGUUAAUUCACUCUCAGAGAGAGCAACCCUCCCAGGACACACUGAGACAGAGAAACUGCAGCCAAACAAAGACACAGUAUUCUUCAGGGAUGGAGUGCGAAGGAUCGACUUUGUGUUGUCUUAUGUGGAUGACAAAGAUGGAGAGAAGAAACAGGAGAGGAGGAGGGAGUUUGAGGCUAACCUGAAGAAAGCUGGCUUGGAGUUGGAGACAGAAGACAAAUCUGACUCUAAAGACCAGAAGACAUACUUCUUGAAGAUCCACGCACCAUGGGAUGUUCUGGCCACCUACGCUGAUGUCUUGAAAAUAAAGGUUCCCUUCAAAGCCAGUGAUAUCCCUCACGGCCGGGAUGUUCCUCUGGAGUGGCUGUCAAAUCCUUUCCGCUUGCCAGAGCACAUUAUGCACCCUCAGCCUGAUUAUUUUACGUAUCCCUUUGAUAAAGGCAAGACUGAUUUCUUCCUCAUCAAUGACAAGGAUACUUUCUUCCCGCCAUCCACAAGAAACAGAAUUGUGUACUACAUCUUAGCCAGAUGCCCAUAUUACAAAAAUGGACAACAAGACAAAGAUAAGACAGGAAUCAAGCGAUUACUCAGCAAUGGGACAUACACAGCAGCUUUCCCACUUCAUGAUUGCCGUUAUUGGAAAAGAGCAAGAAAUGCUGAAUGUGAGAGUGAGCGGUACAAUUUAUACUCGCACUGGGCCAGAUUUCUUUGCUUUUACAAAGAGCAGCCACUUAACCUCAUCAGGAAAUACUAUGGGGAAAAGAUUGGGAUUUACUUUGCAUGGCUGGGAUUCUACACUGAGAUGUUAUUCUUUGCUGCUGUCAUGGGUUUUAUAUGUUUCACCUAUGGCGUGCUUAGUUACGACGACAACAUUUCCAGCAAAGAAAUAUGCGAUCCUAAUAUUGGGGGCAGAAUCGUGAUGUGUCCAUUGUGUGACAAAAAGUGCUCUUUCUGGAAACUCAACUCUACAUGUCUCUCAUCCUGGCAAUCCCAUCUCUUUGAUAACGAGGGAACAGUGUUCUUUGCCAUAUUCAUGGGGAUUUGGGUAACUCUAUUUUUGGAGUUUUGGAAGCGGCGUCAAGCUCGAUUGGAGUAUGAGUGGGACUUGGUGGACUUUGAAGAGGAACAGCAACAGCUUCAAAUUCGGCCUGAGUUUGAAAUUAGGUGUACAAAUAGACGACUCAACAGGAUUACUCAGGAAAUGGAACCAUAUCUUCCAGUCAGUAGCAAGUGUGCUCGUUUCUGCCUCUCAGGAGCUACGGUCAUCUUCUGGAUUUCUCUGAUCCUAGCCUGUAUUAUUGGGGUCAUAGCAUACAGGCUGGCUGUGUAUGCUGCCUUUGCAAGCAUCAUUAAGGACCCAAUGAGGAAAAUCCAGGUGGUGGGCAGGUUCAUCACACCACAACUGGCCACUUCUGCGACCGCCUCUUGCAUCAAUUUUGUCAUCAUCAUGAUUUUGAACUUCUUCUAUGAGAGGGUGGCCAUAUGGAUUACUGAUAUGGAGAUCCCAAAGACUCACCUGGAGUAUGAGAACAGACUCACCAUGAAGAUGUUUCUAUUUCAGUUUGUCAACUAUUACUCCUCUUGCUUCUAUGUGGCCUUCUUUAAGGGCAAAUUUGUAGGAUUUCCUGGUGAAUAUUCAUACAUGUUCGGAAAGUGGAGCAAACUGAGGAAUGAAGAGUGUGACCCUGGAGGCUGCUUGAUAGAGCUAACUACACAGUUAGUGAUCGUCAUGGCUGGAAAGCAACUGUGGGGGAACAUCCAGGAAGCCCUGCUACCAUUGAUGCGUAACUGGUGGAGCAGCAGAAAAGGGAGGCACCAUCCUGAGAACCAUUACAGCCGCUGGGAGCAAGACCACGUCCUGCAGAACUUCAGCCAGCUGGGAUUGUUCUAUGAAUACCUAGAGAUGGUGGUCCAGUUUGGUUUCAUCACUCUAUUUGUAGCAUCUUUUCCUUUGGCUCCCGUUCUGGCUUUGUUCAACAAUAUUCUGGAAAUUCGGGUGGACGCCUGGAAGUUCACCACCCAGUUCAGACGACCUGUGGCAUCCAAGGCUAGAAACAUUGGAGCUUGGCAGGAGAUUCUUAAUGCAGUUGCAAUAAUGUCUGUCGUUACAAAUGCGUUUAUCAUGGCCUUCACCUCAGACAUGAUUCCCCGAAUGGUCUACCUCUAUGCGUACGGCAAAGGGGCCUCCAUGAGGGGUUAUGUGAACAACAGCUUGUCGAUAUACAACAUCUCACAGAUUCCCUACCGAAACAUGCCAGAAGAAAAGGACAACUGGUUUGAUAAUUCAACAUCCACUUGCAGAUACAGAGACUACCGCUACCCCCCGGGCCACUACAGGGAAUACACUCACACCAUGCAGUUCUGGCAUAUCCUGGCUGCCAAAAUGGCCUUUAUUAUCAUCAUGGAACACGUGGUCUUCGUGGUCAAGUUCUUUGUGGCAUGGAUGAUUCCAGAUGUGCCUUCAGAUGUGAAGGCACGAUUUAAACGGGAACGCUACCUGAUUCAAGAGUAUCUGCACAACUACGAGGUAGAGAGACUCAAACUCCAGCUGAGUGCCAGCUUCAUCAACGAACCCCUCUCAGAAGUGUCCUCUGUGCCGGACAAGCAUGAAGUGCUAUCUGAGUGCCUCUAGUGGUGGCCAAGAAUGGACAUUUGAGCUUGUGUUUUUACCUGCUGAUGACUUCCAUAUGCAAGGGCUUCCGUGAUUAGGCAAAAACAAUGCUGGCCUCGUUUCUUCUAUAAUGGGCAUAUCCACCCUGCUAUAAUGGAUUCCUAUAUUAGGAACCAAGCAGAGAUAGUAGAGGAAAACAUCAUUGCAAUCAAUAUUUUGCAUCUGCUUCUCAAAUGCAUGUUGUGUAUUUGUGCCAUACAAAAUACAAAGGAAGGGGUUGAUGUGGAAAAAUGAAUAACAUUGAGCAAAAUGAUUGUGCAAUUAUCCAUGCAAUGCCUUGUUCUUUUCCAUAGCUUGCAGUUAAGAAAAAGCUACAUGCAUUUAUGUACGUGCUAAUUAAGGAGAAUGCCAUUGUAAUUACCCUUUAAAUAAUUUUAAUUGUGAUAUAUUUAUCCCAGCAUGUGAUGCUUGUAAAGAGGGUACUUGACAAUUGACUGAAUAUGUCAGAAAAGCUGUAUGUUGUAUCGUGGUGGCAAAAAGUAAGUGUUAUCAUUGUAAAAAUAUAUGUUACAUUUUUGUUUGUCUUGCAACCAUGAAACGAAGGUAGAAGAAAAUCACACUGGUUAUUAAAAAAAAAAAAAAAAAAAGUGAUAAGAUUCCACUGCUCAUGAACGGCUCUAAAAGAUAAGUAAUGCAUUUGUUGCUUUUUUUUAUUUUGUAAAAAUAUCCCUUCACAAUGGUACUGUAACAAUCAACUUUUUUGUUUGGUUUAAAUCUUUGUAUCAGUCAGGUUUAAGGGUGCAAACCGCAUUCAAACAAUGAUGAAGACUGUGCAACCCUACAACUGUAUUUCAAUGUUGUUUUGGGACCAAUUACAAAAUCUUUUAAUCCAGACUAAAUGAGAACAAGAAAAAAUAUUUUUAUUUCUUACAAUGCAAACAUCAGAUGGAAUAUUAUUUGUUGUGCUAUAUGCAUAGAUAAUAAAAGUAUCUGUACCGGAUUCCCUUUUCCUCUCCAUUAUUUAUUUGUCAGCAAUUCUUUCACAAUUAACGGCUGGUAUCAUUAGGCUAAUCUCAUGAGACAAGAUGCUUCCAAUAGUCAAUGGACGUGUGCUUCCCUUGUUAGACCGGUCGUUGUCUUUUUGGUGCAAUUGUAUCUCAAAGCCUCAAGCUUUGAUGUUUGAAAUCAUCUAACCACCCCUUCCCUCUAUUUUGUCCCAAUAAAAAAAGAAAAGAGUCAUUUUCAAACAGUAUUUUUAUGUACUCACAGUGCGUCUGUAAAUUGU